AUCUUGCCGAGGUCGUAGAAAUCGCAGCUCAUUCUGCGAUUUAAAAGCCUUCCUUUACCGUCCUCUGAUUCGCCAAUGAAGCAAAGUGCUCAUCGUCAUCGCCCACCGCCCUGUUCAUCCCUCGUGCGCAGAGUGAACUUGUCCCCAUCGUCCGAUGGCUGCGGAAUUCCCCAAACACCCCUUCCUCCUCUCGGUUCGGGAGGUUGAGCAGGCCCUCGGCACCAACGUCGACAAUGGCUUGAGCUCCUCCAAGGCUGCCGAGCUGCAGCAAAAGUACCCCCCCAACGAGUUGGACGUCGGCGGCAGCAUUGCGUGGUACACCAUCUUCAUCAGACAGCUGUGCAAUGCCAUGAUUCUGGUUCUCUUCUUUGCCAUGGCACUGAGCUUUGGCGUCUCCGACUAUAUCGAAGGUGGCGUUCUGGCUGCCGUCAUCGUACUCAACGUCUCCAUCGGCUUUUACCAGGAGUAUGGCGCCGAGAAGAAGAUGGAUGCUCUCCGGGCCCUGUCCUCUCCCAGUGCAAGCGUCCUGCGGGACGGUAAGACCAUUGUCAUCCCAAAUGCGCAAGUGGUUCCCGGCGAUAUCGUCAACCUCAAGAUGGGCGACACGGUCCCCGCCGAUGUGCGCCUAUUUGAGGCCAUGAAUCUGACGUGCGACGAGUCCUCGCUCACGGGCGAGGCCAUUCCCGUCGAGAAGCAGAUCGACAACGACAUCGUUGUUCCCGGCACCGAGAAGCUUGCCGUGUCCGAGGACGAGGUCGGCAUUGGUGACCGCAUCAACAUGGCGUACGCCACCACCACGGUGCAAAAGGGCCGCGGCCGCGGUAUCGUCGUGGCCACGGGCAUGCAGACCGAGGUGGGCAAGAUCGCGGCCUCGACCAACAAGAAGCGCCGCAAGGCUGGCCGGUCAAUGAACUGGAGGAAGUAUGGCAAGACGCAGCCCAUCAAGGGCGCCUUUCGUCGGACCUACGAUUUUCUGGGCAAGUUCUUGGGCUUGACCGAGGGCACGCCGCUGCAGAUCAAGCUGUCCAAGCUGGCUUACCUUUUGUUCUUUUGUGCGAUCCUGCUGGCCAUCAUCGUGUUCGGCGUGAACAAGUUUGUCCAGCCGCUGCCCAAGGAGGUUGUCAUUUACGCCAUCUCGACAGGCAUCGCCAUCAUUCCCGAGUCGCUCGUUGCCGUUUUGACCAUCUCGAUGGUGGUGGCGACCACCGUGAUGAGGAAGGCAAACGUUGUCGUUCGCGAUCUCUCCGCACUUGAAGCCCUCGGUGGCGUCACUAACAUCUGCUCGGACAAGACCGGCACGUUGACCCAGGGCGCCAUGAUCGUAAAGAAGGUCUGGCUACCGCCCGACAAAAUCUACACCGUCUCGGGCUCGACGGAUCCCAGCGACCCUUACAAGGGCACUGUGAGGGACCAGCCGCAAGCCGAGGAAAAGAAGCGCGACUUUGACCAGGAGCGCACGACGCAAGCCGUCAAGUUUGACGGCGUUCCCGACGAGAAGCUCAACCCGACGCCGGCCGAGAAGGCCAAGAUGGCCGAGUUGACGCCCGAGCUCCGCUUGUUCAUGCUCUCGGCGGCGCUCUGCAAUCUGGCCACGGUUCGUUACGACGAAGGCGAAAGCGCCUGGAAGACCACGGGCGAGCCGACCGAGAUCGCCCUGCAGGUCUUCGCGCACCGGUACGACCGCAACAAGAAGGCCAUGGAAGCGCUCGGCUGGCGGCAGGUGGCCGAGUUUCCCUUCGACAGCACCAUCAAGCGCAUGUCGGUGGUCUAUGAGGCGCCCCCGGACAACGACGCCGAGCUCGACCCUUCCAACAGUGUCGUCUUCACCAAGGGCGCCGUCGAGCGUAUUCUCGACCUGUGCUCGCACGUCGGCACCGGCUCCAACCAGCAACCCAUGACGGCCGAGAUGAAGGAGCAGAUCCUCGACCAGAUGACCAGCUUUGCCUCGCUCGGCCAGCGCGUCUUGGCCGUGGCCUACCGCCCCUGGCAAGGCAGGUACACAGCCGAUCGGACAUUCUCCCCCGCCAACGAGGACGACGAAAAGAACCUGAUUCUGCUCGGUCUCGCAGGCAUCUACGACCCCCCACGGCGCGAGACUUCGCCCUCCAUCUACGAGUGCUCCAAGGCCGGCAUCAAGGUGCACAUGCUGACGGGCGACCACCCGGAGACGGCCAAGGCGAUCGCAAAGGAGGUCGGCAUCAUCCCGACCAACAUGAGCGUGCUCCCGGCCGGCGUGGCCGAGACGGCGGUGAUGAAGGCGACCGACUUUGACCGGCUGUCGGACGCCGAGAUCGACGCGCUGCCGGAACUGCCGCUGGUGAUCGCGCGGUGCGCGCCCGAGACCAAGACGCGCAUGGUCGAAGCGCUGCGGCGGCGCGACGCCUUCAUGGCCAUGACCGGAGACGGCGUCAACGACGCGCCGUCGCUGAGCAGGGCCGACGUCGGCAUCGCCAUGGGCUCCGGGAGCGACGUGGCCAAGUCGGCGGCCAAGAUCGUGCUGACGGACGACAAGUUCAACAGUAUCGUCGCGGCGAUCAAGGAGGGCAGGAGGAUGUUUGAGAACAUUCAGAAGUUUGUGCUGCACUUGCUGAGCAGCAACGUCGGCGAGGUCAUCCUGCUGAUCGCCGGCCUGGGGUUCCAGGACGAGUCGGGCCUGUCGGUGUUCCCCAUUUCUCCGCUGGAGAUCCUGUGGAUCAACAUGGUCACCUCGUCCUUCCCGGCUUUCGGGCUGGGCCGGGAGAAGGCCAGCCCCAUGGUGAUGCGGAAGCCGCCGCAGGACAAGCGGCGCGGCGUCUUCAGCAACCAGAUCCUCGCAGACAUGAUGGUGUAUGGACUGCUGAUGGGCAUCUGCACGCUCAUGACCUUUGUCAUUGUGGUGUAUGGGAGGUACGACGGGCAGCUCGGCCACGACUGCAACCGCAAGUUCUCGGACUCGUGCAUUCCCGUGUUCCGGGCGCGGGCGGCCGUCUUCGCCGAGCUCACCUGGCUCAUCCUGCUCAGCGCGUGGGAAUUCAAGGACAUCCGGCGGUCGCUGUUCCGGCUCAACCCCAAUGAUACGUCGCGGUUCCCGCUGUUCAAGGACCUGUACAACAACCCGUUCCUCUUCUGGGCCGUCGCCAUCGGCUUCGUCAGCGUGUUCCCGACCGUCUACAUCCCGUAUCUCAAUCGGGAUGUCUUCAAGCACACGUCCAUCAGCUGGGAGUGGGGGGUCGUGAUCGGCAUGACCAUCGUCUAUGUCCUGGGUAUCGAGGUGUGGAAGUACGUCAAGCGCAGGCUGAACAUCCUCGACGACCACAAGGUGGUCCAAGGUCCUUGGUCGCAGGGCGAGGAGGUCACCAAAAAGUACCACAAGAGCUUGGGUCUUGGCCACCUCAAGAACUGGCUGAGCGCCGGGCGCACGCUGAGUGCCAGCCGAACCGAGUCCAGGUCCAAGGCGCCGUCAACUGCCGCGUUGACGCCGGUGACGACGCAGCAGGGAACGCAGCAAGAGACACAGCAGGGAAGCAGCGCGCUGCCGCCGGUUUGAGGUCUGAAAAAAAAACAUUGGGAAGACGAUGCGGGACAAACGGGUUGGGGUCGCGAAAAACAUAGUCGCGGAGUCCGACGGUAAGAUGUCUUAUGUGGUCAAAUCGAAGAAAAGGCGCAGAAAAUCGCGUCGAGAACUCAUGGGGGAAGAAGUUUGUUGGUUGUGGUCAAGAGCUCGCGAGCCAUUCAGGAUACCCAUCUUGGAACGUGCUUUUUCCAAGUGUUUUGAUAGAUAUUACAAUGCUGCGCUACGGUCGUAGUGUACAACCUG